CGUUAUUGCAUUUUGGACUGACUAUAAAAGUUGGUUAAGAAUUCUCUACUGGCAUUCUCGAAAUCGUUACUGAUCAAAGAAUACUAAAAAUGAAAGCUUUUGCAGUUUUAGUUCUUGCUGUUGUGGUUUACAACCAUGCAGCUGAAGGCUUUGAUUGUAACCAAUGGACGAAAUUCUAUAGUCGAGAUCAACCAUCUUGGACAGCAGACUAUGAAGCUCUUGCUGACAUUCGAAAGGAAAACCCCAAAGAUCACAUCUGUGCAGUACCAUCAGACCUUGAUGUCCAAACACUGAACGGAAUUGGUUAUAGAGAAGCUAGAGAAGUUGUAAAGAUUGGUCCCACUUUUGGUUUCGCAUGCUACAAUAAUCAGCAACCUGACGGCCACUGUUUAGAUUACAAAGUUCGAUUCUGUUGUAUGCAACAGACACCAACAUGUAAAAAAUGGACCCAGUUUUACAACAGAGAUUCUCCAUCUGCAAGUGGUGAUUGGGAAACUUUGAAUGAACUACGUAAAGCCCACCCAUCCCUCUGUGCAAACCCUUCGGCCAUUGAUGUCAGAUUGGUUAAAACCGGAAAGGAUUUUAGAACGGCUAAUGAGGUUGUAAGUGUGUAUCCAUCCAGAGGUUUUUGGUGCCAGAAUAAGCUGCAGAAAGAUAAAUACUGCGAAAAUUACAAGGUCCGAUUCUGUUGUCCAUAAAUUCUUCCAUCUGUUAUUCUCUUAUUAAAUAUGUAACACUAAUUGUUAGUGAGAUCCGAAAACAUGUAAAACAAAUCUUUAUUUCUCAAAAAGAAACUUCUACUAUCAUUUGUAAAAGCCCCUUUUGACAAGUACGGCCAGUAGAUGAUGUAACACUUAUUAUUAGUGAUAUCAAUAUGUAAAACAAAUCUUUUUAUCUUCGAAAUAAACCUCUGAUAACAUG